UAGUGCUGAAAAGUAAGAUCUUUUUACCCCAAAAACAACCCUCCCUCUAAAAAAUUCCCUCUCUUUACCCCCAUUUUCUUCAACCCCUACUACGCCCACCCUUAUCACCCUACCCUGACCUUCUUUCCCUCCUUCAGAGCCCCUUAAAUACUCUUUUAGCAUGAGGGAAGUCCCCAAGUAAAUCUCUGUUAAAAAUUCUUAAAAAAUCAGCAAAGAUAUAUCCAGAAACCUGCUUAGAGACUUUUUAUUAAUGGAAUAUGAAUGGGCUUGGGGAAGUCAGCCUCAGACUUUUUGUUAUAGAUUUAUGAAGGAGGAUAGUAAAGAAAUCUUCCAAUCUGCAGAAGAUCCUUCAGUGUUUUACUAUACUGAAGAAUUUCUGGAAGAUCUUGGCAAAAACCCAGACCAAUAUAAGAGCCAUUUGAAGUCUAAAUUUACGAUGAAGGACUCUAUGAAGUUGUCGAAUCAUGAAGAUAACUUCCUCCAUUUGCUGUUCAAGGCUUCAGAUGUUGAGACCAUCAAGCAGUUCUGUCAAGAUCUUUGUGAUAGUGACCCACAGGUCUUUCUGGAGCUUCUAGAUCAAGAAAAUAAGGUUGGAUGGACUCCUAUUUACUGUAUUUUUAACAAAAAUUCUGUUGAUCUCCUUGAAACGAUCGUGAAUUUUGAUAAGCAGAUCAGAAAAUCAGAGUCGUCACAUAUUGUCAAGCAUGUUUGCAACACAGGAUCUGUUUUGAUCAAAGCUUGAGAAGUCAGUUCGACAACCAAGGGUGAAGAAUCCUUAAAGUGACUGGAGUAUUUGUUAUCACCUCCAAUCAGCCUUGAUGUUAAUCAGCCUGAUCAUGAAGGAUGUACUCCGUUGUACAUGGCAUGAUACAAAGGAAACCAUUCUGUUGCUAAGUACUUGCUGGAUAAUGGAGCAAAUCCAGGAGUUUUAUGAGUAAAUGGGUCAAAUUCACUACACAUAUGUGCUGAAAGAGACUUUAUGGAUGUCUUGAAACUUUUGUGUGAGCAUCAGAAAGAUUUAAUAUACACUCAGGAUGAUGAAGGGAACACUCCACUUCACAUUGCUUCUCUUUGGUCGCAUAUGGGAAUUCUCGAGUAUCUCUGGGAGUUAGGAGAAAAGAAACUUGUUGAAAUCAGAAAUCAUGAUGGUGACACUGCUUAUGAGCUAGCAUAUGAGGAAAACCAAAUUUAUGCACACGAAUUUCUGUGAGAAAAGAUGGGGAUCAAUACUAAUACCAUUUGUUCGCUCCUCUAA